AAUAGAUUUAGCUGAGAACCCGGCAAGGAUACGAUCCCUAAGCCUCAGCUCAAACCCUAAUUCCCCUAAAAAGUCUCUCAAGUGCUCAAGUGCCAGCCAUGCUCGCAGCCGCGGGCUCCCUGGCAGCUGCCUUCUGGGCAUCUCUCCAUCUCCAUACUCUGCUGCUGGCUGCUGUCACCUUCCUGUUCCUGGCUGACUACCUCAAAAGCCGGCGCCCCAAGAACUACCCGCCAGGGCCGCCGCGCUUGCCCUUCGUGGGCAACUUGUUCCAGACGAACUUUAAGCAGCCGCAUCUGGCAAUUCAGCAGUUGGUGAGGAAGUAUGGGAAUGUUAUGAGUCUUGAUUUUGGAAUCAUGUCCUCAAUGGUUAUAAGCAGCCUGCCUUUAAUCAAAGAAGCCUUUUCUCACCUGGAUGAAAACUUUAUAAAUCGCCCUAUACUUCCUCUACAAAGACACAUCUUCAAUGAGAAUGGAUUGAUCUUCUCCAGUGGCCAGACAUGGAAGGAGCAAAGGAGGUUUGCCCUGAUGACACUGAGGAACUUUGGAUUGGGAAAGAAGAGCUUAGAGCAGCGAAUACAGGAGGAGGCCCACUAUCUUGUGGGGGCCAUAGGAGAGGAGGGAGGACAGCCUUUUGACCCUCACUUCAAGAUCAACAAUGCAGUUUCCAAUAUCAUUUGCUCUAUCACCUUUGGGGAGCGCUUUGAGUACCAUGACAGUCAGUUUCAGGAGUUGCUGAAGUUACUGGAUAAGGCCACAUUCUUCGGUACCUCCAUAAUGAUCCACCUCUACAAUAUCUUCCCAUGGAUAAUAAAACACCUCCCAGGACAGCACCAAACAUUGUUGGGUGCCUGGAGAAAACUGAAAUCAUAUGUUGCUGAUAUAAUUGACAAUCACCGCAAAGACUGGAACCCUGAUGAGCCAAGAGACUUCAUUGAUGCUUUUCUCAACGAAAUCGCAAAGUACCCAGAGAAGACUACAAGUUUCAAUGAAGAAAACCUCAUCUGCAGCACUCUGGACCUCUUCUUUGCUGGAACAGAGACAACAUCCACGACACUGCGCUGGGAUCUGCUCUACAUGGCCCUCAACCCAGAAGUGCAAGAAAAAGUACAGGCUGAAAUUGACAGAGUGAUUGGCCAGGAGAAGCAUCCCAGCCUGGCUGACAGAGAUUCCAUGCCCUACACCAAUGCUGUCAUCCACGAGGUUCAGAGAAUGGGCAAUAUUGUCCCUCUGAAUGUUCCCAGGGAAGUGACAGUUGACACUACUCUGGCUGGAUUCCACCUGCCAAAGGGCUCUGUGGUUAUGAUCAAUUUGACUGGACUACAUAUGGACCCUAAAGAAUGGGCCACCCCAGACACCUUCAAUCCAGAGCACUUUUUGGAAAAUGGAGAGUUUAAGAAGAGAGAAUCCUUUCUGCCAUUCUCAAUGGGAAAGCGAGCUUGCCUUGGAGAACAAUUGGCCAGGUCUGAGCUCUUUAUUUUCUUCACUGCCCUUGUGCAAAAAUUUACUUUCAAGCCCCCGGCCAAUGAGAAGCUGAGUCUGAAGUUCAGAUUGGGCCUCACCAUUUCCCCAGUCAGCCACCGCAUCUGUGCUGUCCCUAGACAGUGAUGGUGGAGAAGAAAAGAAGACCAGGAAGAACUGAAGCAUGUACUGAACCACUGAGCCUCUGCCCAUAUAUGAAGGGAGAAAAAGAAGGGGAAGGGAAAGUUGGAAGGAAUUAGACUAAGGUCAGUGGAUUUAUAUUCUUGACUUCUGAGACCUCCAAAUUGGUUGUGGAUAAAUCACUUAUGUACUCAACGGUAAAUCUUUUCAUCUACAAGUUGCAAAGAGAAUAGCAGUUCCUCCCAUGAAAAGUAUUUGUAAACAUGAAAUGUUGCUAUACCAACAGCAUAGAAAUCAUUGUCAUAUCACAAAAUUAUACCUUCAAUUUGUUUCCUACCUACUUCAUAAAUGCACGCUUGCUUCUAGAUGUUAAAUUGGUUCCUUUGGGAGUGAUACAGAUAUCUCUCUUCCAUCUCAUGAAAUCUCCACUUCAUGGAAGCCUGCUGAGCACAGAACUUCUAAUAAACAACUCUAUCUGGAAA